CUACACUCUCCAUCCUAUAAAAGAGCUCGACCACAUCUGCCCCGCGCGCAAGGACCCCCUCUUCUCCACCGCGACAACACAGAACAGAGACUCUGCCUCGACGCGAUCCCGAGCUAGACCACCAGCAGCCAGCUCGCGUAACCCCACCACUCCGCCCCUUCUACCCCAACUCCACCAUUCCCGCCCCACCUAAAAACACCAUGGCCGACGUUGACAGCUCUGACAUCGUGGCCAUCAAGGAGGAGACAAAGGGUCAGACCGACUCGGUCAAGUCGUUCAUCUCGGGCGGCUUUGGCGGCACCUGUGCCGUGCUCGUCGGACACCCCUUCGACCUGACAAAGACACGUCUGCAGACGGCCGCUCCCGGCACUUACACUGGUGCCAUUGACGUUGUCAAGAAGACGCUCGCGCGUGAUGGUGUCAAGGGUCUGUACCGUGGCAUCACCCCCCCUCUUAUCGGUGUGACGCCCAUCUUUGCCAUCUCGUUCUGGGGCUACGACCUCGGCAAGAAGAUUGUCUACUCUGCCACCCCCGGCCGCGAGUCGCCCGCGCUCUCGACCGCUGAGCUCGGUUUCGCUGGUUUCUUCUCGGCCAUCCCCGCUACCCUUGUCGCUGCCCCCGCAGAGCGUGUCAAGGUCCUCCUCCAGGUCCAGGGACAGGGCGGCAAGCCUGCCUACACUGGCCCCGUCGAUGUCGUGAGCAAGCUCUACAAGGAGGGCGGUCUCAAGUCGGUCUUCCGUGGCACUGGUGCUACUCUUGCCCGUGACGGUCCUGGUUCGGCUGUUUACUUCGUCACCUACGAGCGCGUCAAGGCUGCCCUCUCUGGCAAGCCCGUCGUUGACCCCGUCACUGGCGAGACUGCCCCUCCUCCCCUCUCGCUCGGCGCUGUCAUGUUCGCUGGUGGCUCUGCCGGUGUUGCCAUGUGGGCUCUUGCCAUCCCCCCUGACACCAUCAAGUCGCGUAUCCAGUCUGCCCCCACCGGCACCUACUCGGGCUUCUUCGACUGCGCGCGCAAGCUCAUUGCUGCCGACGGUGUCGGUGCUCUCUGGAAGGGCUUUGGCCCUGCCAUGGCCCGUGCUUUCCCUGCCAACGCCGCUACUUUCGUCGGCGUCGAACUGUCGCUCAAGGCCAUGAACUCGAUGUGGUAGAUUAUAGAAGAAGCUUUAGUCAGGUUGUAGAUUCAUGCAUGGGUGUGCGUGCGG